GCUGCCAAGCAAGACUCUGCGGGCCACGUUCUCUCUGAAGCAUCGAACCACAACUGGUGUGUUACGCAGGUCGCUGGAAAAAAAAUAACAGCAAAGCGAAAGGAGCUGCAUGCUGCUCCUUGUGGAGAAUGCGCCCUGCCUACCACAAGGGGGCGCCAUUUCCCACAAGCUGGCUAUAAAGACACGUGGAACAUGCUGAGGAGGAGGCCGUUAAAAAUGGAACUACGGCUGUGAUAUUAGGCCAAUAGCCUCGUGCCCAUUGCUUCCGGGAUAGGCUCCGGACCCCCCGCGACCCAGUAGGAUAAGCGGUUUGGAAAAUGGAUGGAUGGAUGUAUAAUGUUAAUGAUUCCCUACGACUGUCCAUGUGGUCCUGGUUAGUUUAUAGAGAGAUAAUGUUAAUCAUUUGAUCGGUACGAAAUCGCAUGUACUUCUCCAUCAGGCUGCAAAUUGAAAUAUUAACGUAGCCGGUGCUUCGGUUUUCGUGUAAAAUUUGGAGAGGAACAAAUAGAUGGUUCUGCUCCUUUGAGGAUCAGGGUGCGGUGAUGCCUAUGGAAAGAACCUGGUUUUUACUGGGGGGCAGCCCAUCCCCAGCCCAGCCCAGCCACACACGCAGCGGGUCCCCAGAGGCCCGAGAGAGGAAGGGAGGCCGUUCAUCUGCGGACUUUCCCAGCCGCUAGUCACCUGUCCGUCCGAUGGCGGCCCGUAGACCAAAGCCCGCAUUACCCGAACGCCUGGGACUUUUUAAGCGCAUCAAAAGUGCUGAUGAACGGCACCAUUGUGACGCGGCUCUCUGCCAGCUGCCGGUGUGGCGACCGGGGAAGCCGCGGAUGCGUCUGCGGUUUCCGUGCCGUUUCCCCAACCAGCCGAGCGCCGGCACUCGGGGGACUGGCCAUGCCGGGCCACACAGAGCCGCUAUUGUCCGCCGGGCAGUUUCACAUGGGCGCUUAGGGAUGGCGGCUCACCUACUUCUGCAUUGGCCACCGAGCGGCAUAAGAGUGAAUCUAGGCUGCGAGCCGGAGCUUCGCUCUCAGCGCUGGAGCUGCCGCCCCCAGGAUGUGCAACAAGGAGGUCACAAGAGAGGCCGACCCACGCUCUCGCCUCAGGGCAUCACGGACUGAGAUCGCCAUGGCGAUCGACGAUCCCUUCCCGCUGCUCUACGGACUAGCCGAUCAUGACAUCAUUACCGACCAGCAGUUCAAGGAGGCGCUGCAGCGGAAGAGGCAGGAGGGAAUUCACAAGGCCGUUUACUCUCUCCUCACCUGGCUCCUCGACCGGGAGGCCUGUGUUAUCCAGGCCUUCUGGAACAACCUGUCCAAGGAGUACAACCAGGAGAGGUACCCGAAACUGCAAUCUCUCUUCGUGAGCCUCCCGCGAGACGGGGAGAGUCUGAGUACAAGGCAUGGAAAGAAGUUCUCAGGUGGCUCCAGGCUUUCCGUUCAGCCCCCGGGACCUCUGGGCCGGAAGCGGAGCCCAGAGAGGGGGCAGCGAGCCCAACACCCCCACCAGCACAGCAAGCACCAGCGCAUAAACGGCCCGGGAACGAAACUGAAAUCAGUUAGGAAACCGGAGAGCGCCGAUGCCUCCCGGCCACCCAUGGGGAGCGGAAUCCAGACGGUGGCCACCUCGGUGCAGAGGGCAGUCACCUUGUCGUCCCACGAGCUGCCGGUUAGCUGUGAGGCCAUGGAAGGCAUCCUGAUCAAGCAAGUCUUCGAGUCUGGAAGCGCCAAGAAGUGCAUCAAACUGGGCAGCGAAUUCUAUUCCCCUGCCAAGUUCGAUGAGCAGUCUGGGAGGCACAAGUCAAAGACCGCAAAGACCCAAGUCCGCAACAAGGGGGCGACGAGCAGCAAAAUCAAGGAGAAAGAAGUUCAUCCAUCCGUCUUCCAGACGCUUAUCUUGGACAGGGUGGUGGGGGGCCUGGAGCCUGACCAAGGCAGGAUGGGACACAAGGUGCUGCGCAACGAUGACGAGUGCGCCGUGUGCAAAGAUGGUGGCGAGCUCAUCUGCUGCGAUGGCUGCCCCAGGGCCUUCCAUCUGGCAUGCCUUGUGCCUCCUCUCAUCUCCAUCCCCAGUGGCACCUGGCGCUGUCAGCAAUGCCUCGGUGACCAGGCUGAGAGUGUGAAGAGCCACGUGCCCACACAGCCCCCCCCCGUGACCGAGGCGAGCUCUGGCCCCACCUUGGAUUUCUCCUUCUUCACCACACUGUCCUCAGCCUCCCUGUCCAGUGUCACGACCACCAAGAGCGGCCUGGCCACAGAGCCACAGGUGGGGGAGGGGCAGCAGUGCGCCGUCUGCCAGCUCAGCGGGACCCUGACUUUCUGCUUGCAGUGCCUUCGGGGCUUUCAUCCGCACUGCGAAUCCCUCAGUGGGAAGUCCCGGUGCCGCUCCUGUUGCGAGAUGUGGCCCAGCAGUGCCGAAAGUGUCCAGCAGGAGGCGGUGUCCCUGGCUCUGCCGGUGGCGCUGUAUGAGGAUCCAGAAGAGCAUGGCCUCACGCUCGCUGGUGACUCGCUGAACAAAGACGAGAUGGAACCCAUCAUUGGGGAGAAUUCCAUAGACGGAUCCUGCAGUGGGCUCUCCACAACAUCUCGCGCCCCCUCUCUGACAGACAGGGCUUCUUCCAGUGAAGGUCUGCUUAUCCUGGCGUUCUGGCCAUCAGCGUGCACAUUGGAUCGUGGAGAAGAUGAAGAUAGGCACUGCCUGAGAUGCUGUGCGGGGUUGAUGUUUACUCUGCUGAUAAAAAUGAUUCUUGCGUAGGUGGCUGUGGCUUUCUGCUUUUCAGACGUUUGUUUUUCGCUCAAAUGACACUGAAUCAAGUUUUUUGACAAGACUUUACUUGAUGGGCGCAAAUUCUAAAUAGUGACUUGGUUACUGCUGAAAUACAAGUCAUAAAGAAAUAUAGAUGAAAUAACAUGAGAUCGGUGUUUCACUUGUGUUACUCAUUACUUGUUUCUUCAGUAGUUCACGAAGGUUUAGAGAAUUAACAGAUAUAGUAACUUCUUGAGAAAAGACGAUCAUGUUUAAUGAUAACAAACAUGAGAUCGUUAUUUAUUCUGCACUAUUCAGGACUUGUUCUUUCAGUCGGGUUACAGAAUUAACAGAUACAGGUCUCUGGUGCAGUGGUUAGCACUGUUGCCUCACACCUCUGGGACCCGGGUUCGAGUCUCCGCCUGGGUCACAUGUGUGUGGAGUUUGCAUGUUCUCCCCCUGUCGUCGUGGGGUUUCCUCCGGGUACGCCGGUUUCCCCCCACAGUCCAAAAACAUGCUGAGGCUAAUUUGAGUUGCUAAAUUGCCCGUAGGUGUGCGUGUGAGAUUGAAUGGUGUGUGAGUGUGCCCUGCAAUGGGCUGGCCCCCCAUCCUGGGUUGUUCCCUGCCUCAUGCCCAUUGCUUCCGGGAUAGGCUCAGGAACCCCCGCGACCCAGUAGGAUAAGCGGUUUGGAAAAUGGAUGGAUGGAGGUCUCUGCUUGAGAUAAAACAUGUGUUGUGAUUCAUUAAUGACAACCGAACAUAACAUCAGUAUGUAACUAAGACUUAGUUUGUGCUUAAUUAAUAUGUCAGUAAUAGUAUAAUACUAUAUUAUUUGUGCCCCAUCAAGUAAAGUGUUACCGUUUGAAAUGUUUCCAAGUAAUUCAAGAAAUUUUUCCAUAAGUAAUUUCAAGAAACACAUGAAGAGGCUUGUGAGCAGGAAAUACAAAGAAAAAGUGUGUAUUUCAAAUAAUUUAAUUGUAUAAAACACAAUAAUCACAAAUCAAGUCAUUCAAAUGCUGUGCAUCAGAUGGAAGAUUCAUACUGAGCAAAGAACAAAAAUGAACAAUUUACAGGAAAACAUACUGAUUAUUAAAACAGCUAACGUACAAAAUACACAUAGAUGUAUCUUAUUACAUAUUAAAUAUCAAAAACAUGACAGCCAUUUCCAAAAUGCUUUCUUUGGGAGGUUUCAUCUGGCUCAGGGAUUUCACGCAGGGAAAUGCUCAGAGGUAAGCAGAUAGUCCAAAACUUCUACCUAAUGUUGUUAGACUUCGGUGAGCUGUAGCGCUUUCAAAAAUCAAAAAAAUCAGUUUCUCCAGAGAUUCUGUAGGAUUUGGUUUUAUUUUCAUGCCGUGAGGACGCCAGGCGGCUUCUUAUGAUCCAGGAAUAUCCAGGAAAGAAACUGGCCUGUUUGUCUACAUGUCCGUUCCUGCGUCAUCGUUUGUGCAACGAAGGGCUCUCUUUGCCCCAUCCUGCCUCAGACAACAGUCCUACCUGUUUGACAGAGGAGAGACGAGAAACAAUUAGUGCUUCCCGGCUGUUGACGCACCGACAUUAAUACUGAUAAACACUCAUGCCGGAGGGAGUGGAAAUAAUGCUAAAUAAAUCUCAGUUUCCACGUUUUGCGAUAACAUCGCCUGAAAGCAUUUCCAUCUCCUGCUUACCUUGCCUGGUUGCGGCUUUGGACUGCGACUGAAAUACCUGCAGACGGGUCUGAACCAAGGUAGCUGUUGGAAAGACAGACGGGGUGAUUAUGACGAUGUGGGUGGUGCGAGUGGGCGAAAUCCGUGGGCCAGAUUUAGCAGAGCGGGAUGAACUUACGGGCCUUGCCGCCACACUCCUCUGUGGCCGCUUGAAUCCAAGUUUUCUCAUGACACCCGGAAUAUUCAGGAUCGGCCGCACAUUUCUGAGGAUGGAGAGAGAGGUCAGUAGCUGUAGACUGAUCAGUGUAAGUAACCCUGGGUUAAACAGGCAGUGAUCAGCAGACCGCUGAAAACAACGCGUUUUGAAUCUCACCCUGAUUGUUAGUUUAUAUGGUCAGACUGUUUCAUUAAACAAAUUUAA